AUGGCGGUGGUUUUCGACGGCGAGGAAGUGGUGGUGGUUGUCGACGGCGAGGAAGUGGCAGUGGCAAUGACCGUGGUGGAGAGGAGGCAAUUCGGCUCAGCUUGCACAGAGCCAGGGUUCCCAAGCCGAAUUAAGGACGAUUUGGCAUCUUUCAAGGGACCCCAUUUGGUUGAACCACUGUCAACUAGUAGUCCCCCAUUGAACCACCAACAGAAAACCCUAAACAUGGCCGGAUCCGAAUCCACGAAGACAGCCAUGGCCACCACCAACAUGGCACAACCAACCAAAUCAGCCGUUCGGAGAUUCGUCGGUGUGCGACAAAGGCCUUCCGGGAGAUGGGUUGCUGAGAUCAAGGACUCAUCUCAACGCGUUCGACUAUGGCUCGGAACUUAUGACACCCCUGAAGAAGCUGCUCGAGCCUACGAUGAAGCUGCCCGAGCCCUACGUGGCGAAAAUGCUCGAACCAACUUCGCAGCAGUGAGCCCCGGCUCGUGUCAAUCGGGCUCGUCCCCUUGUAAUGGCGGAUUAGUCCCCGAACCGGAUGCGCGACACGGGCUGAGCUUCUCUUCCUUGAAAGCUAAGCUGAGCAAGAAUUUGCAAAACAUCAUGGCUAGGUCAUCAGAUAACAAGUCAUCCAAGAGUAGGGUAAGUGACCACUUCACUUUUGCUAAUAUAUUUCACUUUAGGAGUUACCAAUACCACCAAAGUCCAGUUGAUAUCAAGAAUAUUGACAAGGUGGUGCAACCAAGCAUCAUUGUGCCCCAUGUGGUGCCUGAUCAUGAUCAGCCAUCAUCUCCUUGGGAGAACUCGAGUGUGUCAGAUUGUAGCAGUGCCGAGUGGGUCGGAUUCCGGCAUCCCGGGUUGGACUCGGAUGGAUCGGAUAUUGGGGAACUUUUUGGUGGUGAUCAAGGGUAUGCAGAUCAGAUUGUGGGGUGGGUGGAUAGUCCAGAUGCCAGUAUCGGCCGGAGCGAGGUUUCGAGGAGUAAGAGGUUCAAGGUUUCUUCUUCUGUUGUGGUUCCUCCAACCUUCAGUGAAUCUCCAUACGGUGGCGAGAACUAA